AUGGCGCUGCGAACAUCCCACACAGACCUCCUAAUAAUCGGCGCCGGCCCAGCAGGGCUGAUGGCCGCAUGCUGGGCCAGCCAGUUUCGCGGAAUGUCGACGAGGAUAAUUGACGAAAAGCCGCACCGAACAGAGACCGGUCAUGCAGACGGCAUCCACAGCCGCACGCUGGAGAUUUUUGAUAGUUUUGGCAUGGCGGAUCCGAUUCUGCGGAAGGGCGUGCGGGAGGUGGAGAUGAGUUAUUGGGCUGUGAAUAAGGAUACGGAAAACCUGGAGUGUCAGCACCGGGUGCAGUCCCAGCCUGAGGGCCUCUCGAGAUUCCCGCAGACAUUGCUGAAUCAGGGCGAGGUAGAGCAGGUUAUGCUUGAUUACUUGGAGGAGCGCGGACGGGUGCAGGUUGAAAGACAGAAGCGUGCAGACAGGAUAUACUUCACCGAUGAUGAUAAUGAUACUCACCCUGUAGUCGUGGAAACCAAGGCCCUGAAGGCAGAUCGCAUGAUGCAUUUACUUCGGCCGGAAGACCUCGAAGAACACGCUGCGCAAGUGACGGAGGCCAUCCACGCGCGGUAUAUCAUCGCGUGUGAUGGCGCAAAAAGUCUCGCUAGGGAACAGCUCGGCGUACAGCUGGAGGCUAGAUCGACAGAUUCAAUGUGGGGGGUCGUUGACAUCGUCCCGAUUACGGACUUUCCUGAUAUCCGUCAAUCUUGCGCCAUUCAUUCCGAUGAAUUCGGUAGCGUAAUGACAGCGCCCAGAGAGAACCACCUCGUUCGGUUUUAUAUUCAACUAAAGGGAGACUCGGGCCUGGAAAAGAAGGCUUUGAGUCAGUCGGACGAGACCCCAGAUGCAUUGAUCCAGCUCAUCCAACGUGCUUUACACCCGUAUAGCCUGACGUACAAAUAUUGCGACUGGUGGUCUUUAUAUCCUAUAAAGCAGUGCCUUGCCAAUCAGUUCCAAGUCAAGAAUCGUGCCUUCCUCGCAGGCGACGCGGCACAUACCCAUUCACCCAAAGCCGGCCAGGGUAUGAAUGUCUCUAUCCAAGAUACAUACAACCUCGUAUGGAAACUGGGUUCAGUAAUCACCGGAACCUUGGACUCAAAAGUCCUGCAGACGUAUCAGCUCGAACGACACCCGGUAGCCGAGGAGCUAAUGGCAAUGGAUUCUCGGCUAGUCCAUGCUUACGAGGACAGUAAAGCUUCUAUAAGCGAGGUCAGCAAAAUACGGGAGGAAUAUACCGGGUUCAUGUCUGGAGUUGAGGUAACGUACCAGCCGAAUGUGCUUGUUUCGAGUGGUGAGCGUGGUGAAUCGACAACAGCAACGAAUAUCAAACUAGGAAUGCGGUUUAGGACUGUUCCAGUUUUAAACCAGGCUUCUGCGUGCACGAUACAACUGACAGAGUUGUUGUCGAGCAACGGGGCGUGGAGGCUCCUGGUUUUCUCUGGUGACCUACAACAGAAAAAGAAUGUUGAUCGGUUGACCAAAUUUGCAGAGCAACCUGGAUUCCAAGAAUGGCAGCACCCAGUUGACGUGAUUCUGAUUCAUCCAGGCCCGAGAACGUCUGUCAACCUCUUAGAACUACCUGAGAUGUUCCAUCCAUUUGACAAGAAACUAGGAUGGGACUACGGCAGGGUCUUCGCCGACGACGGCGCGUAUGGAGGCGGCAACGGCCACGCGUAUGAAGAAUAUGGAAUCGACAGACACUCGGGCUGUCUUGCCCUAUGCCGUCCAGACCAGCAUGUCGCCUGGAUUGGAGGCUUGGAGCAGGCCUCUCGUUUAGACGCCUACUUCUCAGCGUUGCAUAGUCUAGACACGUUUGAUAAUUAA